AUGAGCACUGGUCUGCUACGGGACCUCGAUGCCACCAUCCCAAAUCCUUCAGCAGAGCUCCCCAGGACAUCCCCGCGUCACCCACGGGGCAGGGAGCCAGAGACCGGCGGGCGAUGGGGUGGCAGGGCUGAGCUGGGUCAGUGCGGGGGCCCCGGGGGCCCGCGGCAAAGCGCCAGCGAGCGGGAGAAGCUGCGGAUGCGGCGGCUGGCACAGGCGCUGCUGCAGCUGCGGCACUACCUGCCGCCCACCCUGGCACCCGCCGGGCAGAGCCUGACCAAGAUCGAGACCCUGCGCCUGGCCACCCGCUACAUCGCCCACCUCUCGGCCCUGCUGGGGCUCAGCGAGGAGGUGCUGGCCCGGCGGCGGGGCACACCGCCCCGGCACUGCCCGCUCUGCCCGCAGGGCCUGGGGUGCUGCCAGGGCCCGGUGCCCCGCCUGUGCGCACCGGCCCCGCGGGAUGCUUCGUCGCCCGGCUCUGUGGGCUGGGCGUCACCUCCCACGGCGGUGACCCCUCCCGAGCUGCAUGAGGCUCCUGGCGUGGAGACAGGAUCCUGGGGGUUCCCUCGCUAUGUCCCUGCUGCGGGGACUCCCCCAGAGGUGCUCGGGGUUCCUGACACUGGGAUGGAGACAUGGGCGUCCCCCCACUACAUCCCUGUGACAGGGACCCCCCUGGAACUGCACCAUCUGCCCAGCUCCAUCUCAGGGUCCUGGAUGUCACCACCAGACCUCGGAGCAGUGACUCCCUUGGGUCCUCCCCAGAGAGGCACCGUGACCAUGGGCACUUGGACAGCUUCAUCCUGCUGCUUGGAGUCUGCAACAACUUUGGAGUACCUUCAGGCAGGACUGGCGGACACGGGACCCCCUGGGACUCCUGCGUGUGGCUCCCGGCUGCCUGAGCGCCACCAGCUCUGCAGCCCACCAGCCUCGGACAGUCUCGCCUCCCCAGCCCCCUGUGCACCUCUCAUCCUGCCCAGCUGCACCCCAGCACGGCACUGGGGGGGCUCCAGUUGAUCCCACACUCCCAGCCGCAGACCCCUGUGGGGUGGCAGUGAGGUGGCUGUGCCACGCAGCACCGCGGAUAGGCGCUGGGGAAGGCGCUUCAU